AUGAGCGGCAGCGCCGAAGCUCCUGGGACGGAAGAGUCGUUCCAGCCAUGGCGGGAUAAGGAUCCCCCUCCGGGAUUCGACGGUGACGUCGAGAAGUUCAAGGGUUACUUGAGAGAGUUGAAGAUGUGGCGGCAUGAAACUGAUGUUCCCCCGAAGAAGCACGCCGUUAAGAUGCUAAGGGCUCUCACUGGUCCAGCAAAGGCAGUGUGCAAUGAGCUGGAGGUCGAAGCCUUGCUCACUGAGGCUGGUGCCGAUGCGAUUGUCAACAAGUUGAAGGAGUAUUACCAACCGCAUCUUGAAAUUGCCAUGCCUCGCGCGUUCGAGCGAGCUGUUUACGGUGAGCUGGAGAAAGUGCAGAGAGAGAAGAGUGGACAGAAGCACUAUCUCACAGCGGAUGACGAGCAGGCUGAGUAUGUGGAGUCAGAAGAUGAUGGCGACUUCAUAUACUUGGGUGAAGCUGACCUGGAUCAGGUGUUUGAAGAAGAGGAGCUGACUGAAGCCUUGGCCACCUACCAGCAGGUUCGACAAGCCAUUCGAGAGCAGCGCAAUGGUCGUGGCUAUUAUCAGCCGAAGGGACUUGGCAAACAGCCGGUUGGUCGCUUUGGCAAGGGCUCCAAGUCACCCUUGGACAAUGUUUGGCCAAAGCACGAGCAGAUCGGCCGAGAACCACCACCUUUUUCGGGCAUCACCACUAGUGGGUCCUUGGGCAUCAUAGACACAGCGGCACAAGGUGGUCUCAUUGGUCGCCCAGCACUUCGUCGGUUAGAAGACUCGUUGAGAGCACAUGGACUCAAGGUGGUUUGGAAUGGGAAGCAGGCUCAGGCCAAGGGCAUCGGAGGUGACGCCAAGGUGUGUGGGGUCGUCGAGAUUCCGGUCGGCAUUGGCGGUGUCAAUGGCCUGAUUGAGGCCACAGUGGUGGAGGACGAAGUGCCAUUCCUCUUGUCGAUCCAGUUCCUCAAACAGGUUGGGGCCAUUGUCAAUUUGCAAGAGAGUUCAUUAGCACUCACAGCAUUCGGAAGUGCAACCGCCUCUCUGGCGCUCGCUAUGGACCUCAUUGCUCGUCUUCGCCAACUGGAUCAAGAGAAGACCGAAGAAUGGGAGAAAGUCUCCACAGUGGAUCCCAGGCGGGCAGAGAGAGCUGUCCGCAAUUGGCGAGUGAUGGUCGAGCAUGUGUCCGACCUGAUGGAGUUCGUAAGGGCUCGAGAAAAGCUGGUCGCUUGGCAGCCUGUUGGAUUGGUGCAUGGCUUGCCGCCGUGUUCUUCAUUUACCCAGCUGGCCUCGGGAUCAGAACCUUUCUCGUGCAUGGCAGGAGCUACCCCAUCGCAAAUCACCAAGGCCAGCAUCUAUGCAGAGCUGAUUCAACUGGGCGAGUUCCUGGGUCAGAGGAGGAGCAAGGAAUCCCCGAGCUGCCACUUCAAGGCGUGCAGUCAUCCCAUCGCUGCAUUGGCGGGAGCCGGCAAUCAAGUGCAGAGAGAAGUGUGGUGCAGGAAGGUGAUGGAGGAAAUUGCAAGCAAGAAGAAGGCGAUCCAUGUCAACGGCAAGAUCUUCCACCUGGGGACCAGCAUGUCCACGACAGUGGAGGCGAAAGAGACGCCACCAGGCACUCCGGUCAAGACACCAUCGGCCAAGAGAGCCAUCAAAUGGCCUACCACGCCGGGAUCCCCGUUGACGCCACCUCGGAAUGCAGAGCAGCUCACAACACCCAAGACAGCAGUCUUGGAAUGCCAUUGCCGAGCUCCAGCAGUUCAGCUGAUUGUGAAAAAGGAGGGUCCGACACAGGGCCGAUUGUUCUGGAAGUGCGCUCGAAGGGUGUGCAAUUUCUUCGAGUGGGAUCCUCAGGAGGUCCAAGAAAUCCAGAGGAGGAUGCUUCAAGAGCAGGAGGACGCAGAGGUGAAGCGGUGGGAAGAGCAGGAGGAGGCAGAACGUCAGGAACUGGUGCGCAAGACGAUGGAAAUGGCGGAGGUCAGGCACCAGGAGGUCAUGAAUGCAGCGAGGAGCCAAUACAGCUUGGAGGUGGAGACGCUCAAGAACCAGCUGCUGUGGAUGUCCGCGGUUGCGGGCGAGGCCAGGAUGGAGGAGGUCUUCAAGAGCCCAGUGCUUCAGCAAGAGAUGAUGAGCAAAGCCAUGGCCAUGAAGGAGGAGCUUGCGAACCAGGAGCUUGAGGCACAGGAGGCAAUGCAGAUCCAGGGCUACACCAGUGGCAGCGGCCCACAGGCAUUCAUGCCACAAUGA